GGUUGGAUGGGGCAGGAGUCCUGGGGGGGCCUGACCCCCUCCUCUAACCGGCCCUCCGUACAAUUUACAAAACCUGAUGCAGCCCUCCGGCCAAAAAGUUUGCCCGCCCCUGUUCUAAGGUACCACAAAUAUUCCUCGUUUUAUCCUGAAUAUUCACUAGCCAUUAAGUUCCAUUGUUUUUUACCAAACAGUGUCUACAAAUACUUUCCCCUCAACUUUCACUCUUGACUUGUUACCAUUAGUCUUUGAAUUCUAAUAGUAGAGGCAUUUUAGAGGCUUAUUUUUUUCUGCCUAAAAAAACCUUUUGAAAACUGCAUGUGUCUCAUUUAUCACAGAGAUGAAAAACUUACAAGCCCACUGUCUUUUCCUUUUGAAAGUAGAGAGAGGCCUGAACCAAAAUCUUCAGAUCAGUGUUUGCUGUUUGAACUCUAGCCCUGGUUUGCUACUAAAACUGAGAAAGUUAUGGCCUUAUUAACAGGUUCAGCUACUUGUAGGGAAGUGUUUUCUGAUGUGUGGGGAGAGACUGGAAUUAAGUGAUAUAUUUUAAUGUUUAAAUGAGGUAAUAGGAACUCUAGUUCCCCCAACUUCCUUGUUUCCACAAGGAAUGUUACUUGCUUUUUUAUGAAUUUGCUCUUUAAUUGAAAAAUCAAGUGAAAGCUCAUACUGGAAGGGUUUACAUACUUCAAAACAUUAACACUAUCUGAAAAAGUUGUUACUCCUAAGAUUACAGAUUCUCAGUUCACAUGCUUUGGACACAAGCCAGUCAGAUGUUACAUAGGCCCAGCUUUUCUUAGCAAAAGUAUUGUGGGUGAGGAAAAGAGAGAGUGGGGUUGGAGAGAGCUGAAGGCUGGGAUGGGGGUUGGAUGAGACUGAGAUUUGAAGGAUUGAGUAAUGGAGCAUCUUCUGCAUGUAACUUAUGUAAACAUCGCAUAUACUCAAUGGUUUUGCUCUAAGUACCAUCAUUCUGGUGUCAAGUGGUUGGAACUGAGUGUCCCUACUUUCCAACUUGCCACCUGUUGUAGAGUUCAUUUGACGUAGUUAUUGAAGCUAUGCCAUUGGCGGGACAACAGGUGAGUCAGCACUCGUAGCCCCAUGUAAAAGGGACAACUGUUUCAAACCCAGGUUUAAACUCUAGUCCAGUGUUUCUCAACCAGGGAUAUGUGCAGAGGUCUUCCAAGGGGUACAACUCAUUAAAUAUUUGCUUAGUUUUACAACAAGCUACAUAAGAAGCACUAGUGAAGUCAGUACAAACUAAAAUUUCAUACAGACAAUGACUUGUUCAAAGUGCUCUAUAUACUACACACUGAAAUAUGCCAGUGUCCCGCUCAUUCCCACACUUACUCUCAAGCUCCUGAACAUGCUGCUUUGAGGAGAACAGACUAUGCUUUUGAGAUGGCUGUGUCAAAUAUCAGAUAUGGAGAAGGUGUUACUAAAGAAGUAGGCAUGGACCUGCAGAAUCUGGGUGCUAGAAAAGUUUGUGUGAUGACAGAUAAGAACCUCUGCCAGCUCCCUCCAGUAAAAGCAGUAUUGAAUUCCUUGACAAAAAAUGGAAUCACUUUUCAAAUGUAUGAUGAUGUCCGGGUGGAGCCAACGGAUCAGAGUUUCAUGGAUGCCAUCACAUUUGCUAAAAAGGGGGAGUUUGAUGCCUAUGUUGCUGUGGGCGGUGGUUCUGUAAUAGACACUUGUAAAGCUGCCAACCUGUAUUCAUCCAGUCCUGAAUCAGAUUUCUUAGAUUACGUCAAUGCUCCCAUUGGAAAAGGAAAGUCUGUUACUGUGCCUCUCAAGCCAUUCAUUGCAGUUCCCACGACAGCUGGAACUGGAAGUGAAACCACUGGCAUUGCCAUUUUUGAUUACAAAGAACUAAAAGUAAAAACUGGCAUUGCUUCUAGAGCCAUUAAGCCCACAUUGGGUAUGAUUGAUCCUUUGCAUACAAUCCAUAUGCCAGAGCGAGUAGUGGCCAACAGUGGCUUUGAUGUGCUUUGCCACGCACUAGAAGCGUACACUGCUCUUCCUUACAAGAUGCGCAGUCCCUGCCCUUCAAAUCCAAUCAACCGGCCUGCUUACCAAGGCAGCAACCCUAUCAGUGAUGUCUGGGCUGUCCACGCACUGCGCCUUGUGGCAAAGUAUUUGAAAAGAGCUGUCAGAAUGCCAGAUGAUCAUGAAGCAAGGGCUAACAUGCACCUAGCAAGUGCUUUUGCUGGCAUCGGCUUUGGCAACGCUGGUGUUCAUCUUUGCCAUGGAAUGUCUUACCCUAUUUCUGGUUUGGUGAAGAGUUACAAAGCAAAGGAUUAUAACGUUGAUCAUCCUCUGGUGCCACAUGGUCUUUCUGUGGUACUCACCUCCCCCACAGUAUUUACUUUCACAGCAGAGAUGUGCCCCGAACGGCACUUGGAGGCUGCAGAGAUACUAGGAGCUGACAUCCGCACUGCCAAAAUCAAAGAUGCUGGGCUUAUUUUGGCAGACACGCUCCGGAAAUUCUUAUUUGAUCUGAAUGUUGAUGAUGGCUUAGCUGCAAUUGGUUAUUCUAAAGCAGAUAUCCCUGCUUUAGUGAAAGGCACUCUCCCUCAGGAAAGAGUGACUAAACUAUCACCUCGUCCCCAGACCGAAGAAGAGCUAUCUGCCCUGUUUGAGGCAUCCAUGAAACUUUAUUAGUUUAAAUAUAUUGCAUGUUCUUUAAUAAUAAAAACUAACAUGGAGGUAAUUUUCCACAGACAUGGUCUAAACCAGUUCAGAUAAUGAAGGAACAUGGAACUCUGAUGCUUGUAUUUUACUAUCUACUGCCAAAAGGUCAGGUAAUUCAUGUUCAGUUCAACACUGUUUUUGUGAUUUAGGGGCUGAUUGUGUAAUCAGAGGGACUACUCAUGUAAAGGUUGUUGGCUCAGAUCUUAAGCUUUGCAAAGGACUUUCUCUUGCUUGAGAGCUGGACAAAAAAUUGAGAUAAUUUGUCCUGGAAAUUUUUUUUAAAAUGUUCAGGGGAUGAAUUUUAUCUUGUAUUAUAAUUUUCUAUGACUAUUUUUGUCUUUUAAAAAAACCCAAAACUAUAAACUGUGUAGGAAAAACAGGCCACUCCUCCUCAGGCAAUAUUCUCAAACACAAAAUUUGAACCUGCUCAAUUCAGAAGGUUCACCUUAUGAUUUUUCUACUGUCUCAUUCAAUUUGGGGCCUGAUAUAAAGAUGGUUAACAUCAUGGGUAAAAAAAUAUAUAUAACUUUUUAACAAGUCUGGAAAAGGCUUCACAAAACUUUUGUUUCACAGUAUUUAUUUUUAAAGUGGCUUGCUAGGCAUUUUUGUCUUUUCAUUCAGAAGUUAUGCGUGGGAAUAAGUUUGCUUGUUCCAACAGGCUAACUGAUUACUUGUCAACUGAAAAAGCAAACUGGCAAAAGGGGGAUAAAAUUCAAAUGUAAGUAUUAAAAUCUUUUAAAACUUUCCUGGAUUUUUCACCCUCUGUUGAGCCCCUUUGGGGUAAUGAGAUUUGCUGCCUCACACAGCAGUCUUAUACAGAGAAUAUUGGAAAACAGGAAAAUUAUUUUGAAGAGAUUUUUAGUUAUUUCUGUUUUGUGGAGUUUUAAAUGAACCUAUUUACUGGUUUUCACAAAAACUCUGUGACUUUUAGUAUUGCUAUUUUAAUCAAUAUUUUAUCAAACUUUUUACCAAUUUUUUAUUUAUUGAAAGCCAUGUUGUCUUACUGAAAACUGGGUUUUCUGUAAAAGAAAAAUAUCAAUAAUUUUGAAAACAAUUUUGAUAAAAAUAGCAAUUAAAAAUGUUGCAGAAAGUUUUUUCACGCAAAAUAGAAAAUUUUGGUAAUGUUGACAAAUUUGUCAGAAAGUUUUCCAAAAAAGAUCAGUUUUCAAAAAUUUCUUAAGCAAAAAAUAUCAACCAUUAUAAGAUGUUUUCUCUGUACUAGACAGGGCAUUAAUGUCCGUCAUAGUCCCAGUUUGCUUCAGCAAAUUCUGGAAGUUGGCACAUGUCUAUAUCACAGAACAGAAGAGAGAGAAGGUUUUUUUUAAUUGAAAAUUAUUUCUAUUAGGCACAGAUUUCAUUGGCAUUGUACUGCAACACCGGCAGCAGUAUAUACAAUACUCAGACUGUAUUCAUGUAAAACAAAUUCUGAUGUCUUUUAAAUUCUGUUCAGGCACCAAUUUCAUGCAGUUGCCAUAGCACAAGCUCAGUGUAGGAAAAGCAUAACAUGCUAGUUAGUUCCUUUACUCAGUUACUUUUACUCUUUGCCUCGUUAUGAUUCUGUUCUGCAGCCGCCCCACAUGCAGCUCUUCCACUGAAGUAGAGGAAGGAUGUCUUGUACAUUUAUGACUAUUAAUCUUGGCUCAAUAAGACUGGUGCCUUCCAACCACAUGUUAGGACCUUAUGAUGUAAAUAUAUUGGAUGUGUGGUUUUUAGGUCCCUUUAGUGCUCGGUACAAGAUUGGAUGGAUAGCGAUGGAGACUGAAGGUCCUCUGUCUAUCCACUGAACGGGUAAAGCAUGGACAGUGGUUAUACAGACAGCUCUGCCAAUAUGCCUCAGCCUAUUCUGAGAAGCUAAUUCAUUUCCCCUGUCACUCCAUAUCCAUUACCUCCUUGCUCAUUCUAGUGAAAAUGCCAACAAGAGCCUCAAUUGUGAAAGCUGGUUUCACAACGUGUGGAUUUUAUUUUCUAUAUUACAUUGUUAUCUCAACAAAGACUCACCCUGCACUUUACCUUUUUAUUGCAUCUUUUAUAUAUAAUUUCUGUUCUCCCUCUCUGAAGUUUCAUCUUUGUGCAAUAGAAAUGGUACAGUGCACUGAGGAGACAAUUUUUGUGGGAAUCUAUCUUCUAGCCAAACACUUUGGAAUUGGAGGGGAUGUAGCUUCUUCCAAUUGAACAGCGGAUGAGUUUGUUAGGUAUGUUAUUUCUCCUGAGUGUUUUGAUGGGUAAGAUGGAAAGUGGGUCUUUCAUUCUAUCAUGGUUCUUAUUUACCAUUUAUAUUGGUAUGUGAGUAAUUAGUAGAAUGGCUUCACUACUAAUAGUACUUUACACUUACAUAUAACCUCUUUAAUUGAAGGAACUCAAAGCAAUUUACUAACAUUCGUGAAUUAAGCCUCACAACAGCCUGUGAGGUAAGCUAGUAUUAUUACCCCUAUUGUAUAGAUGAGGAGACUGAGGAACAGAGCAAUUAAGUGACUUGUCUAAGGCCACACAGGAAGCUUGUGGCAGAGUCGGAAAUAGAACCCAAGUCUCCUGACACCUAGUCUUACGCAUAUCCAUAAGACCAUCCUUCUACUACUAAUUUUUAGCCAGUGCUGAAAACUAUGUGAGAAGAAUCAAGAGAUGAAUCCAUCCCAUUCAAAUAAUAACAGUUUGACAGUGCUCGUGAUGUUAAAUCCAGAACGGGAUCCAGGAUACGAGUACAGUUUAUUGGCAGUUUUAUUUGCCACUGAGUUAGAGGUUUUUAAUGUAAUAAAAUAUACUAUUCCAUACCUGAAGGUCCACAUUUUCAAACAUGUGCACAUAUCUUUGUGCAGGUCCAGUUUGCACUCAUGAAUAUGGGACUUGUGCAUGUGUGGUUACAACUCGUGAACACCCAUUGGUUGGGCACGUGUAGAAAAUCUGAGCCACUUGUUCUUUAUCUGAUUUAUAAAAAUGUUAAUGCCUCAAAAUCUAAAGCCUUCCAUAAUGUAUCUUGUAUAGUUUGAAUGGUGCCUUUGGGAGCUAUUGCAAUACAAAUAAGUAAUGAUGCAUUUCCUACAAAUAUAAGCAUGUGAAAAUGUUUGAGAACCGAUUUAACUGUCAUGUUAACUUGAAUCUUGAAAUGUACCUGUGAAUCCAAACCAUUCAGAGGAAAUAAGCUUUCAUUAGCUUCGCUGGGCAGUAUGAUUAUUCCUGAUUAGAUGCUUACUCAAUGAGCUGACAGUAUGUUGACAAACCAUUGCAUUGUGAAUAAUUGAAAAGAAUGUCCAAUUUCCAAAAAUAAAGAGCAUCCUAUCUACUGUA